AAUAAGAAGACGAGAAAUAGUUAUUUUUGAACAUGUACGUAAAGCAAUGUUGGGAGGUGCCGCUUAUUUUAACGAUGGAGAAAGGCGUGUGCAUUAUGUCCUGGUUUUGUCCAUGGAUUCUGUUUAUAAAUACACAGACGAGGUUGAGAAUUACAUCAACAAUUUAGUAGAAUUAGGAAUGGAGUUUGAACAAGAAAGCGGAAUUACAAUGCCCCUGAUGUUUAUAAAAAUUCACAUAAACGACGAAAUUACCGAGUACUUUGCUGAUGCACUUGAAGUGAAACCCGAAUUUUUGGAAGAUUUCGAUUAUUGCGAUCCCAAUCCGAAUCGGUUCAAAGCAUUCAAGACUCCUCUGCGAAGCAGAAAUGUUUUCAAAAAUGUGCGGCAUGCUCAAUUAUCGUCAACCAAAAUAAAAAUUAUUGAAUAUCUUUUACAUAGUGCGUAUUAUGGGAAAAGAUAUGGAAUGCAAAGUAUUGAAAAAUUAAAAAAACUAGGUGUAAUACAAGAUUACUAUGCACUUCACGAUGGGACCAUACAAACUGAUUAUUGGAAUAAUGACGAUAUAGUAAAUGAAAGAACUCUAUUAGCCAAAUACUGGGGAAAUUAUCAUAUGGUGUUCAAGGAACAACCCCUCGAUCUUAUACAUAAAUAUUUUGGUGCAGAAGUUGCGUUUUACUUUGCCUGGUUAGAUUUUUUUAACCGAAUGCUUCUACCUAUUGCCAUCAUAGGUGUAAUUUUGGUUGUAAUUAGAAUUAUAGAAGUAGUUGAGUAUGGAUCGCCUGAGCUAGAUUUUAUGUGUAAGUCUGAGGAAUUAGUUUGUGGCUUGUGUAUUGAAAAUUAUGGUUGUGAACAGAAACCACUCAAGAAAUAUUGUAACAAAUCUAAGGUAGUACACAUUUUGGAAGGGACACAGUUUUGGCUGUAUUCGGUAUCCGUUUCAAUAUGGGGUAUGUUGUUUACAAGUUUGUGGAAAAGAAAAGAGAUUAAACUAAAAUAUAGAUGGAAUUUAUUAGAAAAACAACAAGAGGAAGAAAAGACCAUACGAUUGGCUUAUAAAUCAAAAUUAGAAGAACGACAUUUAAAAUAUAAUAAGAUAAUACAAGAGAUACCAUCUAGAGAAAAGUAUAGUCGUUACAUAAUAGGAUUCCUAUUGUGCACAGUAGUACUGGUUUUUAUAACAUGUUUCUGUUUGGCAAAACAAAUAUUUGUUGCUUAUUCAGAAGUGGAAAUUGCCAAACUAGGACUAAAAUCACUGCUCGCACAUGUAUAUAUAAAAAUGUCUUCGUUCAUUCAAGCGGGGUUUACUGUCCUCAUUUCAAUCUAUCUUAAACGCAUUUGUCUGAAAAUAGUAAAUAUUAUAUUCCCAAAAACUCGGGAAAUAUAUGAAAAAUUGAUCAUUUACUUGAUUUUCGCUUUAGAUCUUUUUAACAAUUAUGCACCUCUGUUCAACGUAGCUUUUCUGAAAAAUAUCAAUUUCAAUGUCCCAUAUGAUAGUGGAUUUGAAUUAUUAAAAUAUUCCGGAUGUGGGAAUGUGCCUUGUUUAUAUCCUUUGUUUGAUAUGUUAUGGACUUUUCUUACUGUCAAAAUACUUGCGGGAAAUAUAUCUUUAAUGAUGUGGCCAAAAGUUCAACAAUAUUGGAGAAAAUGCAACCGGGAACAACUGGAUCGGGAAGACAUGCCAUUGUACGAGGAAGAGUAUCAUUUCAAAAGAAUCACUGAUAAUUAUUUUAACAUGGAUAUUUCAAAAAAAUGUAUUCAAUAUGGAAUGAUGAUAGGAUUUGUAUAUGCUUUUCCUCUAGCCCCGUUGUGCUUAUUGUUUCAAAACAUUUUGAGUUUACGCUGGGAAGCCAACGGACUUGUACAUUUAUCACGGAGACCCUGUAUCAUCAAAAAAUAUGAUGGCAUUGGAGAUUGGAUUAACAUACUCGACACUUUGACAAUGUGUGCCAGCAUAAUUAAUUUUUACGUGAUUACAUAUGUGGGUUCACACUAUGACUGGUUAUUACAUAAAAGGGGAUACUUUAAGAGGGUCUAUUCAGAAUUCGAACCUUACUCUGUAUUUGGCAUUCACAAUUCUAGUUUACCCAAUAAAUGUAUAUACAGAGGGCAUUUUUUUGGACCGUAUCAUAUUAAUAGAUACAAAAGAAAUAAGCGCAACUUUAUACUACAGUUUUUUCAUACUGUAAUGAUGGCUGGAUCACUACAUAUAUUAAUUUUGGUAUACUUUGUGAUACAAAAACUUAUUUCCACAAUUCCCAUUAAUAUCAAGAAAAAAAAUUUCCUAGAUAGAACCAACUUAAAUAAUUGGUAUAAUGAAAUGUUCAACGCCGUUGAAGAUUUGGAUUUUAAAGAGGAAGAUGAUUGA